AGUAAUGACACUUUUCAAGCCUGUUGGAUCCACCAGUAACCGCCUGGCGGUUCCUCUGAUUAUUAGCAUGACGUCAUUUUCUGCCUUAAAGGAAAGAGCGACCCCGCCAGUAAAUGACAGCUCCCCGAGUUUUAAGGAGCAGUCAUUUUGGCGAUCUCCGGAUUGAAGAGCUUGUACAAACUCAGAGAACUGCAACUGCCUUUCUCCAGCUCCGGAGUGAAUUGCUUUGGUUUUUAUCUGGCUCCUGAGGAUUGUUCAAGCAGCGCAAUGUCCUCCACAUCACUUGCUCGUCUUGUUAAAUGUUGUUCAUUAGUCCGGCUGAGGAGCGACAACCCCGCCAAUGCUGAACAAGUGGACCAGCUGCACACCAGUAGGUUCUGCGGGCAGCACUAGCCUGGCUUCAUGGACAGCGGUGGCCACUAUGGUUAUGGACAUCAACACUAGUUUUAUUUACGCUAAUAUCAGAUCCUACGUGAUUGAAGAGACACCACGGGUCCUCAGCACCACCAGAAUGAUUUCUGAGGAACUGAAUUCACAUCUGCAAAAGGUUGUACAGAAAGCAACACCCACCCCAGCACCAACUUCCAGUCUCUCCACAGAGAACGGCACACAAUGCGGGGAACAGAUUCUCAACUACGGCAACGUCGAGAAAGUGGUUAUUGGCGGAAUCCUUACCAUGCUAACUCUGCUUACCAUUUCUGGGAACUUGCUGGUGGUCAUAUCCGUGUGUUUUGUGAAAAAGCUGAGACAACCCUCAAAUUACUUAAUAGUUUCUCUGGCGCUGGCGGACCUGUCGGUGGCUCUGGCUGUGAUGCCCUUUGUCAGUGUCACUGACCUUAUCGGAGGGCAGUGGAUUUUUGGACAGGUCUUCUGUAACGUCUUCAUUGCGAUGGAUGUGAUGUGUUGCACGGCUUCCAUCAUGACGCUGUGUGUGAUUAGCAUAGACAGGUAUCUCGGGAUAACCAGACCCCUGACCUACCCUGUUAGACAAAACGGAAGGUGUAUGGCCAAGAUGAUCCUGUCCGUGUGGCUCCUGUCUGCCUCCAUCACCCUGCCGCCUUUGUUCGGCUGGGCUCAGAACGUCAACGACAACAAGGUGUGCCUGAUCAGCCAGGACUUCGGCUACACCAUCUACUCCACCGCGGUGGCGUUCUACAUCCCCAUGUCGGUCAUGCUGAUGAUGUACUACCGCAUAUACAGAGCUGCCAAGCGGAGCGCGGCCAAGCACACGUUUACCGGCUUCCCGCGGGCCGAGGAGAACGACGCCAUAGACUGCGUCUCCGGCGCCCUAAAGCUGCACCGGGAGGCCGAGGAGUGCACCAAUUUUUCCCGCCUCCUGAGGAGCGACAGGAAGAACAUGUCCAUUUUCAAGAGGGAGCAGAAAGCCGCCACCACUCUGGGAAUUAUCGUCGGGGCGUUCACCGUGUGCUGGCUGCCCUUCUUCCUGCUCUCCACCGCGCGGCCCUUCAUCUGCGGCAUCGAGUGCAGCUGCAUCCCCCUGUGGGUGGAGAGGACGUUCCUGUGGCUGGGCUACGCCAACUCGCUCAUCAACCCCUUCAUCUACGCCUUCUUCAACAGGGACCUGAGGACCACAUACCGGAACCUGCUGCAGUGCCGAUACAGAAACAUCAACCGCAAGCUCUCGGCGGCAGGCAUGCACGAGGCUCUGAAGCUGGCCGAGAGACCGGGCCUCGUCCUCUAGGUUGAGCUUCUGCCGUCUUUCUUCCUGCUGUCCUCUCUUGACUCCAGAGGCACUUUUCUGUUGCCUGACUGCGAGUGCCAGAUCUCACCAGGCUUUUGUUGGUGUGUGUGUGUUGGGUUUAGUUCCCACCAGUUAAAAGUCCUGACAAGAUAUAAAACAAGCAGUCCCGCAAGAAGUUAAAAUGUCACUUUCAGACUUUUUUUUUCUCGAAAGUUAAAUACAUUUAAUUUAUAACAGAACAAGAUGGAAGCAGAGCAGGAAGAAUCAGGAAGAAGGCAGACUCACAUUUAAUGAAUGAUUCCAUUUAUGGGUUACUUUAUACCAAUGGCAGCCAAGUCUCUUCAAAUCCAUUUGAUGUUUCAUGGUGUUAGCAGCUUCCUUUGCCGAGUUCGGUGGCAUUAGUGGUAGCGGAGAGUUAUAGUAAUCACAUUCCGUCUGUUCCAGAUAUUUCACUCUGAGAAUAAUUAAGUUCACAUAGUGCUAUAGAGUUUUUGGUUUUAGUUUAACAAUAGCACCAUAAGCAAGCAAGAAUAAAAAAUGAUAUAUUUAUUUUCUUUCUUUUCUCAGUGGCAUAUUAUGAAGUUUACUUAACAUACAGUAUUGUCUCACAAUAGAAGUAGGGAUGUACAAUCAAUAUUGUCACUAAGAUUUGUUUAAAAGUAAUGAUAAACAAGUGAUGAUCACUCCUGUGCCUGGUAGUGUCAAAUAAUAUUCACAGUGUACUGUGAUGUUCUUAACUCAGGGAUCAUAAAAUACAAACAAUAUCAACAUACAUGCACACAGACACAACAGACAAACCUAAUGACAUUUUUUAAAAUAUGUAUGCAUAUGUAAAUAUUGCCAACUGCUUUAAGAUUUUAUACAUUUUUAUUUUCACAAGCUUGUACAGUAAUUGCAUAGUGAGAAUAACUGUAAAAUAUGGGAUAUUUAAAAUACACAACCUGAAAGUGGUCACAUGGUAUUCUAUAAAGAUUACAUUUAGAUAACAGCAAGGAGAAAGAGAACAGGUGCUUUUCUGAUUAUAUUUUAAUUUAAAUACUAUGUGUAAAUGUGAAGUAUUUAUAUUUACAAUUUCCCAACUAUCCAAAUUUCCACUGGCUGUAUUAUCCUUGUUUUUGAUUUACAGUAUUUAUGUUGAGUAAAAUUAUUUAUUGUCUUAUUUAUCUUUUAUCAGUUGCUAUACAAUAAUAUUUAAAUGUUUUACUGAAGCUUGUCAGGCCAUAUGAUGAAGUGCUGAAAUGGAGAAGUUGUGCCUGGAGAUAUUAUUAGCAAAAACAGCAUUUUGCCAUGAGCAUAUGUACUGUAAGAGUGAUUAAGUGGCUAACUGAAAAAUAUAUAGUUAUCAGUAAGACCUCAUAUGUGAUCAUGAUCACAAAUUAAAGAAAUAAAUAUACAUUUAAUUGCAUUCCACAUUAAACUGUAUUUUUUUUA